AUGUCAUCUGCAUCUGUAGCAGCGUCGAUUCUACUCGUCUCGAAAUACUCAGCAAUGUAUGGAUAUUCUCUUAUUGCAAUAGUUGGGUGUAUAGGAAAUGCUUGGAACAUUUUGAUUUUUACUGGCUCGAAAUCUAUUCGACACAAUCAAUGUGGCUUCUAUUUAAUUACUACAUCAAUCAGUGAUUGUUGUUUGCUACUUGUCGUAUUACCAUUCCGUAUUAGUGAACUAGCCUUUGAGACUGAUAUAACACAAUUAUCAGACUUUUGGUGUAAAUUUCGACCGAUGCUAACUUCUGCGUUAACACUCAUAUCAUUAUCAUCGGUUUGUUUUGCUGCUAUUGAUCAAUAUUUAUCAACUAAUCACCACGUUUGGAUAAGACAAAUGAGUACGCUAAAACUAGCACAUCGUCUUGUCUAUGGUGCUUUGAUUAUUUGGACUAUCUAUGGUAGUGUUUUCCUUAUUUUUUUUCGACUUCACCCAACACUUGGAUGCAUCAUAGAAAAUGUAGCGUUCUCACAGUAUUAUUCAUUCUUUCAUUUUAUUAUUCUCAAUAGUGUUAUGCCCAUUGUCAUAUCAUCAUUAUUUAGUUUAUUUGCGUAUAUGAAUGUUCGUCGCAUUGUACAAUUACGUGUGCAAGCCAUUCGACGACAGCGUGAUAAACAACUUACCGCUAUGGUCUUAGCUAAAGUUGCGCUUUUAGUUGUUACAGUUUUUCCGUCUGUAAUAAUUCGCAUUCAUAUAUUGAAUAGGAAAACCGAUGCAAAUGAUUAUAUUCAAGUUGCAGUCGAUCAAUUAAUAUCAAGUGUUUCCUAUGCUUUAUUCUAUACUAAUUCUGCAGUACGUCAUUUUUUUGUAUAA